AAUGCUCUUUGAAUUACUUUAAAGUUACUGCUUAUUUUAUGGAAAACCUUGAAUUUAGCCUUCUUUGAGAUUUUAUUUAUAUAAGAAUAUGUAUAUUUCUGCUUAUAGGAUUCAUGUAAAAAUGAAAGUGACUUUUAAGAUUUCUGAAACAUUUUACAUAUUUCUCCCCUAAAUUUAACAUAAAGAUUUUCUCAAUCAAGCAUUUUGGCCUAAUUUUGCCCCUCUAAUUGAGGCAAAAAUCCUUGUGAGUACUUUGAUUCCUCGCCAUGUGAAUAUGAAGAUUUCCAUUCUGUCUGGCAGGUACAGGCACUAUUCCUGGCCUUAUGUGUGCUCAGGCAUUUUCCACUAAUCUUUUUCAGUUUCUUUCCUGGGAGUUGCACUCAACUGUUGGUAGGCACUCAACUGAUACUUGAGGAAGAAGUUCCUCCACUCUGAUUGCCCUUUCUGUCCUGUUACCUGAAAUUUCUUAAGGCUCACCUGGCUCCUUACCCAUUUCUCAGGGUCCAUUGCUCUUCAUUGUCUUAUGUCCAAUGUCUUCAGAAGUGUUAUUUCACAUAUUUCAUUCUUUUUAAAGUUGUUUUAGGCAAGAGGUUAAAUCUGGUUCCCAUUACUUCAUUUUGAGUAUUGAGUAAAUAGGAAGUAAUUUGAAAACAUUUUUGUCAAAUUUCUAGAAAAACAGUAUGUCUGUUUAUAAACACUUCAAAAUGUUUUUAAGCUUCCUACUCUGUUACAUCUAAUCAGAUUUUUUUGUAUUAGUAAAAUAAUUUUAAUUUUAGUUAUUAUAGCCUUAAAUGUCUUCAAGCUUAGUUUUUCUUCGUUUUCUUUAAAUAAUUAUUAUUAUUAAUAAACUUCAGAAUUUUCCUGUUUAAAAAAGGAAAAAUCCCAAGACUUUUGGCAUAUUUUAGAAGUACAUUCAUUACAUGCUGUUAUUAAAAUAUAAAAACAGUUGGGCGAAUCUGUAGUAUGAAGGACAGGUACACAUCCAGGUGACUAAAAACUAACAGGACCCUUCGUUUAAAAAAACAAAGUUAAAAAAGGAAGAUUUUAGUGCUCACUUGAACAACCCAUCUCAUCUACCUGAAAGUCACUUUGACUUUAAUUGUGCUAAAUCGCUUCAGUCAGGCGAACUCUGCGACACUAUGGCCUGCAGCCCGCCAGGCUCCUCUGUCCAUGGAAUUCUCCAGGCAAGAAUACUGGAGUGGGUUGCCCAGUGCCCUUCUCCAGGGAAUCUUCCCAACCUAGGGAUGAAAUGCACGCCUCUUACAUCUAACUUGCACUGACAGAGGGUUCUUUACCACUAGCGCCACCUGGGAAACCCCAUGAAGAUGGAGGUGCCAGGGAUUGAAACAGGGAUCUCAAAUGAGAAACACACACUCCACCACAAAGCCAUCAACCACCACCCCCACAUCUUGUCUACUCUGUAAACUUGUAUGCUGUGCUAAGUCGCUCAGUCGUGUCCGAUUCUUUGCGACUCCAUGGACCGUAGCGCGCCAAGCUCCUCUGUCCACGUAGAUUCUCCAGACCAGAAUACUGGAGAGGGAUGCCAUGCCCUUUUCCAGGGGAUCUUCCCAACCCAGGAAUCGAACCCAGGUCUCCCACAUUGCAGGCGGAUUCUUUACCGCCUGAGCCACCAGGGAAGCUCUUGUCUAAUUUUUCACAAUUUCUCCAAGGGCACAAGAGACUGUAAUUCUGAAACUUGAGCGAGAGAGUACUAUAGUUGAAGAGCCAGGUCCAGUUGGGAGGCAUGCCCUCUCCCCGGGGCAUUGUGGGUAGUGUAGUCCCACGCCCCUAGCUCACUGAGCACGGUCUUCAGCUCUGGAGCGUUUAGGGUUGUGCGAUCUCGCGCCCCGGGGAAUUUUGGGUAUUGUAGUCACCACCCCGAGGUGUUGUGGGUAGCGUACUUCUGAGCCGCGCUGUCGAAUUUUUGGACGUGGUGACAGUUUUUCAGUGCUUGUGCUCUGCCUAUGCAACGAGUCUUCUCUAGGAAGAGCACUCACCAGACUAAGAACAUGGCCCCAGGGCUCCUGACUACUAGGGAUGAGAAUUGUUUCUAUGGGAAAUUUUAUUCAUGAAGUGAAUUUUGGACUUACCACAGAAUAUGGCCAAGUGAAGAAAGAUGCCACCAAAUAUGGCCAGGCAUUAAUGGCCUUCAGGGAUGUGGCUGUAGCCUUCACCCAGAAGGAGUGGAAGCUACUGAGUCCUGCUCAGAGGACCCUGUAUCGGGAUGUAAUGCUGGAGAACUACAGCCAUAUGGUGUCGCUGGGAAUUGCCUUUCCUAAACCAAAACUCAUUAUACAACUGGAACAAGGAGACGAGCCCUGGAGAGAGGAGAGUGAAUGUCUUCUGGACCUUUGUGCAGCAGAAGGAAGAAAAGAAUUCCAACCCUAUCUCUCCUGCCCGGUGACUUUUUCCAGUCCACAGAUCCUCCAUCACUAUAUGCUCUGUGGUCACGCCCUUCAGAUCUUCCCAGGUUCAUCUGCAGAAAGCCACUUCCUACUAGAUGCUCCAAGCUGCUUGAAUGAAAAAGCAGAAGAUGGAGAGAGAGAAGGCUCUGGCACUGUGUUUGGGAGGCUGCGGCUGAGUGGGACUUCAAGGGCAUUUUUCAGCUCAUCUCAAGAUCAGCCAGUAGACCAGGGAGGCAGUAGCAGUGGAAGAAUAGACCAGGGGAUGAUCUCUGAUGAGGCAGAUGCAGUAUUGACAGAGACAAACAUCUCAGAAUCUGGAGCAGUCAUAUGUGAAAACUAUAGACUAGGAUUUAGCAGAAAAUCAAGCCUCUUUAGCCUCCAGAAGCAUCAUGUGUGCCCUGAAUGUGGCAGAAACUUCUGCCAGAAGUCAGACCUUGUCAAACACCAGAGGACUCACUCGGGAGAGAAGCCGUUUAGUUGCAGAGAGUGCGGACGAGGCUUUGGCCGCAGGUCCUCCCUCACAGUACACCAGAGGAAGCACUCAGGGGAAAAGCCCUACGUGUGCCGAGAGUGUGGGCGACACUUCAGGUACACAUCCUCCUUAACUAACCACAAGAGGAUACACUCCGGGGAGAGACCCUUUGUAUGUCAGCAGUGUGGGAGAGGCUUUCGCCAGAAGAUCGCCCUCAUCCUGCACCAGAGGACACACUUGGAAGAGAAGCCCUUUGUGUGUCCAGAGUGUGGAAGAGGCUUUUGCCAGAAGGCAUCACUCCUUCAACACCGUAGUUCACAUUCAGGCGAGAGGCCCUUCUUGUGCCUGGAGUGUGGGCGUGGCUUCAGGCAGCAGUCUCUGCUCCUCAGUCACCAGGUCACACACUCAGGUGAGAAGCCUUAUGUCUGUGCUGAGUGUGGGCACAGCUUUCGCCAGAAAGUCACCCUCAUCAGGCACCAGAGGACACACACAGGGGAGAAGCCUUACCUGUGCUCCGAGUGUGGGCGUGGCUUUAGCCAGAAAGUCUCCCUUAUGGGCCACCAGAGGACGCACACAGGUGAGAAGCCUUAUGUGUGCUCUGAGUGUGGGCGUGGCUUUGGUCAGAAGGUUACCCUCAUUAGACACCAGAGGACGCACACAGGGGAGAAGCCUUUUCUGUGUCCUGAAUGUGGACGUACCUUUGGCUUCAAGUCACUUCUCACCAGACACAAGAGGAUACAUUCAGGGGAGGAGGCUGAUGUGUACAGAGUAUGUGAGCAAAGACUUGGUCUGAAGAUCCAACUCACCUCUGACCAGAGGACACACUCAGGAGAAAAGCCAUGUGUGUGUGAUGAGUGUGGACGUGGCUUUGGCUUCAAGUCAGCCCUCAUCAGACACCAGCGGACACAUUCAGGAGAGAAGCCAUAUGUGUGCAGGGACUGUGGUCGUGGCUUUAGCCAGAAGUCUCACCUCCACAGGCAUAGGAAAACCAAGUCUGGCCAUCACCUCCUGCCACAGGAACUGUUCUCUUGACAUUUCCUUUCCUUCCCUAUGAGUGUCUAGGUGGUAGAAAUCACUAGGAAAUGUUCCACUUCUCUUAAAAUGCAGUUGAGAAAAAAAAAGUUGUAUUUUUUCAGUGAUCAUAAGAUAGUUGAUUUAUGGUUUACUUCCUAACUGGCAAUGUGUUUUACUUUGCCAGGGCUGCCAUAACAAAAUACCAGACUUGGUAGCUCAAAGAACAGAAGUUUAUUUUGUCAUAGUUCUGGAGACUAGAGGUCCAAGAUCAAUGUGUAGGCAGUUUGGUUUUUAUUGAAGUCUUUCCCCUUGGCUUGCAGAUGAUUGCAUUCUUGCUGAGUCCUGAAAUGGGCAUUUUUUUCCCCUGUUUAUGUACUUUCCUGGUAAGUCUCUCUCUUCUUUCUGAGGAUACCAGCCAUACUGGAUUAGGACUUCACCCUAUGACCUUGUAAAGGCCCUGUCAUCAAAUAAAGUCAUGACUUUAUAUGUUA